AGGAUUCCACGUUGCUGAUGGUUUCACAACCGAAGUAGCUGAGUUUGAUCCAGCGGCGCCCCUCUAUUCUCAGCAGUUUCGAAGGCAGUAGGGAAGCAGCAAAGCUUGACAAAGCAGUCGCAACAAUGGAGGCUAAGGGCGAGGACAACAGUACGCACAGGGCCUCGUCGAAGGGCCUACCUGACCAAGAUGACAUCAACACGGACGAAUCCGGAGCCCCCACCCCUGAGGUUGUGGCGCUACGCGACGGAUACAACCAGACGUACAUCGUCCGGUCCAGCAAGGACAAUCUCCAUGAAGUUCUCUUCCGUUGUGGCAAUUGGUGCUACAGUGGUAAAGUCGAUUUGGGUAGUGCCGAUCUGGAGCUCGCCGAUCUUCCAGUGGUCGUGCCUGCACUACAGAAACAACAGGCUUCGUUGCAAUAUCUUUGCGAAUGGAAGGCCAUUCCCUCGACGUCGCCGUACUUCACUCCACUUGAGACUUUGUACGAUGUUUACGACUUUAUUGGUGCCGAGCUUUCAAGUGAACGUAUUGAACGUAAACUGAUGAAGGCAGCUGAAGAACAUGCUUGGGUAGACAGUGACGAUGACGGUGGCUCUAAAACCUUCUUCGAGUUGCAAAGUGGGGACUACGAGUGCUUUGACGGAGUGGACAUUGUAGCUAGCAAGACCUUUGUACGUGGUCUUGUGCUGCUGGUCAUUUACUACCACCGCAGUUUCUACGUCGUGUUGCAGGCGGCUGACGGCGAGCAGCCGCUGCUGGAUGUUCGCUUCCCCGAUUUAUCUGCCCACCUACAAGGAAUUCAUCUUCAAACUUACCGUGACGACGACUGUAGCAACAUGAAGAAACUUACGCUGUGGCAAGCGGCAAAUGUUGGCAAACACCAAAGCCCACCGAAACCAUUGAAGGUGCAGUGCACGGACGUAAGCGGCACAGGUUACAACCAAACCUUCCUGAUCCGACGUACGCCACGUGCUGAAGGAUCUACGAACACACCAAGUUUGCGCGAGGUGCUCUUCCGUUUUGGAAACUGGUGCUACAAUGGACACGUGGAUCUAGGUCCCAAACUGGAAUUGUCAGACAUUCCCGUCAUCAUCCCCAUGCUACGACGACAGCAAAGUGCUCUGACGUUCAUGUGCGAAGCCUCCAAGAUGCCAGCGACUUCCUUGUUUACUCCGUCGAUGGAGCAUCUAGCUGAAGUUGUGCCUGCCAUGCAGGAAGAGAUGUCCAAAGCAGAGCAAUUCGUGCAGAAUCUGGCUCAGAGUGGUGGAUCCUUCGUCAAGAGCAAGGGGGACGUUGGAAGUUGGCUCGAGGACGAUAAUGUCGAAUGUUUUUUCGAGAUUGCCAUGGACAAAUGUGCAGCAUUCCAGGAGGUUGAGGCGAUUGCUAGUAAGAUUCACAUCGGCGGCGUGGUGCUUGUACUGCUUUACUACGACUUCACUUUCUACGUCUAUCUUGAGAAUGGGGAAGAAGAACAACCUUUGCUGGACACGAAUUUCCCUGACGUCUCGCUGCAGAAGGAGGGCAUUCAACUCAAAACUUACCGAAAAGGAGUUCGUGGUUGCGAAGAACUGCGACGUAUUAGCCUGUGGAAGAUUGAGAAUGAAUUCACCGACGAGGAAGAAGACGAGGACGCCGCAGCCGUCGACUGUAUCACGUCACGCAACAAGGGCCAGCUCCAAGCUGAUGCCAAGGAGGAGCACAGACGCGAGGAAGGUGUCAAGGCUGUAUCAGACUCCAAAGCGGCGAAGGAGAUGCAGCCACGCAAGUCGGCACUGCCGCAUCAUGUUGCUCCACUCAAGCGGCCCAGUGGUGCAGCUACUACCCUCAAAGGUAUGCCCGAUCUCGGUAUGAAAGCUCCAUGGGACGAAACUGGUAAGCCACUUGGAAUGCGGACCAGCAAGUAA